AUCGGGUAAAGUGGCAUUCACUUUGAUCCGCCUGCCGGGUGAGAGGGAUGAUGACAUAACCUCCAAAAGUUGAAGGCCGAUCCGUCCGCGACGAAGUCCCCAGCUGUGUCUCACAUGAGCCCGAUCGCUCACGUGAAUUACCGUGUGAUCGCGUCCAGAUAGUCUAGAAAAAAAAAUGAGUAACAAAGGAAUCAUGACGACUGAGGACGCGCAGGUACAGAGACGCGUGAUAAACGGUGUCACCGAGGAUGAGGAUGAGGACGGAGACGUUGUGACGCCGUGGACGGUCAUGAGCAUUAACGAUUCCGGAAUUGAUUACGACAAGCUGAUCAAAAAAUUCGGAAGUUCGAAGAUAGAUGACGAGCUGUUGACUAGAUUCGAAAAAAUUACUGGCAAGAAACCACAUCACUUUCUCAGAAGAGGCAUAUUCUUCUCUCACAGAGAUAUGCAUACCAUUUUAAACCUUUACGAGCAAGGAAAGUUCUUUUAUCUGUAUACGGGUAGAGGACCAAGUUCUGAUGCAAUGCACUUAGGGCAUCUUAUACCCUUUAUGUUCUGCAAAUGGUUACAGGAUAUUUUUAACGUCCCAUUGGUCAUACAGUUGACGGAUGAUGAAAAAGCCAUAUGGAAGAACAUAAAAAUAGAAGAUGCUAUUAAGCUGGCCUAUGCCAAUGCGAGGGAUAUCAUCGCGUGUGGUUUUAAUCCUGAAAAGACUUUUAUCUUCUCCAACCUGGAACAUAUAGGAAAUAAUUCGGCAUUUUAUCAGAACAUGAUCAGGAUACAGAGAUGUAUUACGUUUAAUCAAGUGAAGGGCAUUUUUGGCUUUGGGGAUAGUGAUCCAAUUGCAAAGAUCGCAUUCCCGCCAACUCAAGCAGCACCAGCGAUCUCUGGCUCGUUUCCUUUCAUUUUUAAAGAUGCAAAAGUAAACUGCCUGAUACCAUGCGCGAUUGAUCAAGAUCCAUACUUUCGUAUGACGAGAGAUGUGGCACCCAGACUAGGUUUUCCCAAGCCAGCCUUGCUACACGCGACUUUCUUUCCAGCGUUACAGGGCUCGAAAACGAAAAUGUCAGCGAGCGAUAAUAACACGGCGAUAUUUCUCACGGACACCGCCAAGCAAAUCAAGAACAAAAUCAAUAAGCAUGCAUUCUCAGGCGGUCAGGCCACUGUGGAGGAACACAGGCAGUUUGGUGGAAAUUGUGAGGUGGACAUAUCUUAUCAAUGGCUGCGAUUUUUCCUGGAGGAUGAUGAACGAUUGGAAGAAAUUAGAAAAGGCUACACCAGUGGAGAGAUUUUAACGGGCGAACUGAAAAAGGAAUUGAUCGACGUGCUACAGCGACUUGUCGCCGCGCAUCAGGAGGCGAAAAGUAAAGUAACGGACGAAGUGAUCAAACAAUUCAUGAUUCCUAGAGAUCUUGGCUUCGUGUCAAAUUAAUCGUUUAGUAAGCACAUAUUGGAUCGUGGGAAGCAUCGUUUCUUAAUAGAUUCUCUCACUUCCGUCGAAGACCUAUUUAAAUCUAUUUAUUGCAAGAUAUGCAACACAGCUACAGAAUACGUUCUAUUUAUCUUUUUCAAGCACUUCUUUGUCGAGAGAUUAAAUUAAUUUUUCUAUCGAUCCGCCUCGAUUAUUAAAAGAUCCUAUGAAAGGAAUGUAAAACCUUUGUGACUUUUUCCAACUAUCGCCCUAGCAAACAACCUUCCUUUUAAUCACACGCGAUGAUUAUAAAAAUAAAAAGAUAUUUGGAGUAUUCUGAUUAAUUCAAGCGGCAGAAUUACUGUAAAAACUUUCAAAUUCCAUUAAUUCCCAAUAUCUAAUCUUUCAACGUAUUAAAUAACAGAAGAUCAAUCGUUUUGUAACGACGAUAUUAACAGAAUAAUAAAAGUAUCGCCUGAUCGGA